AUAACUUAUUAAGCUUUACUGGUGAUUGCAGACACAGCAAAAAGAAGGCAAAACAAGAGAAUGGCUCACCAUUACAACCUAUCACAAAAAAGAACUGCUUUGCUGACCUUCUCUCAUUUGAUACUAACUGUCUUACUCCUAGAGUGCCAAGCCAUUGACAGAGACUGUCAAUUUGAAGGACUGCCAGAGAAUGUAAAAUCAAGUGAUAAUGUACACACACUGACUGUCCCUUCCAGUGAAUCACUCCUGACACUCAACCUAACCUGCAACUGCUCAGUAUACAACCCACAAUGGCACAUUAGACUGAUAGGGAAAGUUAGCCCUGGAGAAAGGGCUAACAGUUUCUAUCAACAGGGGAUUGAGUGCAUCAACAACACCAGACCAUGCUCAAGGGAUAUAGACUACAUCAAUCCAAUCAAUAAGUCAAGAGGACUCUAUGUCUAUUCAAGACAGAACCUAACUCUUACAAGAAGUACUGCAAUAAUGUGCUAUUCUAAUAUCAUCAGAGAAGUGCUGAUAGUGUCUUUCACCAAUGACAGAACAGAUCAGAGUGGAUUAAUGUCAUCAUUAUCGAUCACUACCAGUACACCUUCAACAGCCAGUGAAGACAUACAAACCAGCACUGUAUCUCCUACAAGCGCAUACACGGCACCCACUGAAGAGACUAACAGCGCUAAUGGAGAACAUGCUACUUCAAUGCAACAAGCCGAAACCAUUACAAAGAGAAUUACUACCAGCAUAGUGAGCAUUGUCACUAGUACAGUAAAGACUGGGGGAUGCAGUGUAGACAUAAAACCAGAGACGAUCACUGUUAGGGUUACUCCGACACUUAGCACUGGAGAUGCUGGCAUAGCUGAUAGCAUAGUAAAAUCAGUGGGUGGCUCAACCUCGCUAUUAUUAAUAGUACUAGUGUUGAUGCUAAUAACACUAAGCAUUGGACUCUGUGGUAUGAUAAUAUGUAUGAAGACAAGAAAUAAACAACAGCCUGUAUACAGAGAUUAUGACUGUCAAAGAAGACAGUCCAACUGCUCAAUAAAAUAUGACCAAGAGCCAUCCAUUGUAUCACCGUGGAGAAACUCCACUUCAAGUCUCCCGACAAACAAUAGGAGCAGUUCCUACAUUGACAAUAACGAUAAUGAUAGAAACCCUAGAUAUGUUACACUUACAGUAUCAGAAGUAUAAAUGUUAAUAAUAAAAAUAAUAAUAACGAUAAUAAUAAAAAUAUGCACUAGCUGUCACAUAUUUAUUACAUACAUGUAUGUAAAAUGCACUGUUCCCAUGCGUAUUAUGUCAUCACCUCCUACAAUAUUUAUUAUUAUUAAUUAUUAUUGAAUCUCUAUUUGAACGUAUGUGUGUCGGUCAUCAUUUCAUUUUUGUACCAUCCUUAUUAUUAUAAAGAAUGUCAGUUAUUCCUUUACGUUA